AUGCAAAUGCUGAACGAGAAAGAGCGUCUUGAGAAAGAAAAUUCAGAACUCAAAGGCUACAAAUUAAUAACCACGAAUGUUGAAACAGAAAAUCCAUCGACUCGCCAACGAGCUCGCAAAGCUCAAAGACACCGUGAGAAAUUAGCGAGUAUGAUCAAGGCAAGAGACACAAGUAUACAAAACUUGAAAGAGUACCGCCAGGAACAGACAGCUACAAUCAAAAUUAAUGACGAAACAGUCAAGUGGCAGGAUGAUGCGAUCAAGAGGAAGGACGAGGACCUUGAGACUCAGGACAGAACGGCCAAGAGGCAGGACGGGAUUAUGGAGACUCAUGAAGAAAUGAUCAAGAGGAACAAGCACAGGAUCAAGGACCUGAAAGAGACGCGGUCGUUGGAGCUCUAA